ACUGAUAGAUAUGUAUGUACUUUGGAAAGGUGUCGCCGCCGUUGAUCUUCUGCCUUUAUCGACCUCUCUCAUGUUCUGCGAGAUAUGCUGAUAUUUUGUCACUAAGGGAGUCACUUAAGUGCUUGCUUAUUAUUAUAUCCAGGCUAGUCUGUUAGCUGUGCCCUAUUUGCUGGGCUGGUUUGGCUGGAGCAAAGCAUCCAACAAGCCCAACACCAUCACACCCGCAUCUUCAUUUCAACAGGGACUUGAUAUUAAAAGAGAAUUUCCUAGUUCUUCGUUCAUACAGGAGUAAUCAUGCCGCUGUUUGGAAGGUCUGCGAAGAGUCCGACGGAAUUGAUUUCUUCUGUUAAGACCAACGUCGCCCUCCUAACGGAUGCCAAGACAUCAGAGAAGAAAAGUGAAAAGGCUACUGAGGAGAUUGGGAAGACCUUGUCACAGGUUAAAAACAGUCUGUAUGGGGUCGACGGACAAGAGCCACAGGCGGAGGUCGUGAGCCAGAUUGCAAGUGGUCUCUGUGAACACUUGCACAAUCUCAUCCACUGCAUGCCAAAACUAGAAUUCGAGGCCAAGAAAGAUUUGGUCCAGAUCUUCAACAACAUCCUCCGUCGUCAGUUCGGUGCUAGGUCUCCGACCGUAGAUCACAUCAGCGCUAAUCCUCUCAUCCUUGAAAGUCUGGUAUUAGGGUAUGAAAGUCCUGACUUUGCAUUGAACUGUGGCCUAAUACUACGAGAAUGCAUACGUUAUGAGCCUCUGGCCAAGAUCAUCUUGAAUGCCAAUUACUUUUACAAGUUUUUCACAUACGUGGAGAUGUCAACGUUUGAUGUCGCAUCAGAUGCCUUUUCCUCCUUUAAGGAACUAUUAACAAAACACAAAUUAGUAGCUGCCGACUUUUUAGAGAAGAACUACGAUUCAGUGUUUGACAAGUACAAGGUGCUUCUCAACUCUGAUAACUAUGUGACAAGGAGACAGUCACUCAAACUUCUUGGAGAGCUGUUGCUAGACAGGCACAAUUUCACAACGAUGACGAGAUACAUCAGCAACCCAGAGAAUCUGAAGCUCAUGAUGAACAUGCUGAAAGAUAAGAGCAGGAACAUCCAGUUUGAAGCUUUUCAUGUAUUUAAGGUAUUUGUAGCAAACCCCAACAAGUCCAAACCCAUCCUUGAUAUCCUGUUGAAGAACAAGGAGAAGCUGGUGGAGUUCCUCACCAUGUUCCACACGGACAGGACGGAAGACGAGCAAUUCAACGACGAGAAGAACUAUCUCAUAAAGCAGAUCAAAGAACUACAGCCUCCUGUGCCCGCUGCAUCUUCAUAAGGAAUAUCCCCCCCUCCCACCCCCCACCCCUAUCACCCAUCACCAAACCUUGGGCUCGGCUCGGCUGUGUGUAUCAUAAAUUAAAUUAUCAUACAUGUAGAACUUUUGUGGCAGGCUGUGCUGAUGAUUUGCUGGAGAUUAUUUAGAUUUUUAUUUGUAAUGAUUUUUUUUUAAAGCCUCACUGCACUACUUAUAGCUAAUUGCUCCCUCUAUACAGCCGACAAUGCUUACAAAGUGGUACCCGUUGAUCCCCCAUGAUGCCCUUUUUCUUAUGUUAAUUGAGAGCUGAUUUUGAUGAGAUAACCACCUGCUAGUGACCAUGCAGGGACGUCUAAUCCCUCCAUGCCAAGCUAGUGUAGAGGGCCUUUAAAGGUUGGGAGUUCAGAAGUCUGAGGACAAAGUCAUCACAAUUUUGUUGGGGUAUCUUCCUAUUUUUAAUAUAUCUAGCAAACGGAAAUGUUGCACAGUUAGUUUGUAUCUAACUAGCUGCAGAAUUACAAAGAAGUCCACAGUUAGCAACAUGCAUCACCAAUAAUGUACAUUACACAAUGUUUUGAUUCCAUUUGUAAUACAAGGCUUUUGCAAGGUAUAUAUAUUAAACUCCUUAAAAGUCAAUGUAGGUGUACCAAUUCACCUGAAAAAUAAUUUGUGUAUAGACAGAAUAAUCAAUCUCAAAAAAGUUUAACCUGGCAUCAUGUAGGUAAACGGUUUAAGGAGUAUGAUGAAAAUAUAGGAUAACACAUAACAUUGCGUAUAGUGCAUACUGCGUAUGCAAGAGCGUAUACGUGUGUAAAUAGUCUACUCAAUCAGACAUUUUGCUGUUCCCUGGGAGUGUAUUUAUACUGCAAUUCCUCUUUGUAGAAGAAAUAUUUGAACCUCAAAGUUUGACUCUAGUAUAGUGACUCAGAACUCCUUGCAUCACGAGCAAGCCACCUUUUGGUGAUUGGUACAGGUCAAUUUUCAGACAAGUUCCAAUUAUCUGUCUGGAGUGCAGCAAUCAUAUUACGCCUAUGAUCUAAUGGAGCUUUACACACACUCCCAGACUGCAGGAUAUUAGUCUCUGUACAUGUCUUUAAAUCAUCAGCACAGCUCAAAAGCUAGAGUAAUUGAUUUCCCAAGGUUGAGAUUUUGUAUGUAUAAAGAUUUUUUUUGAUGCAUACAAGAGCUUAUUAUUUCUUCUUUAGAGUAUAUAUAUAUGACAUAGCCAGUAGUUUAGACUAGAUAGUACCUGUAUAUAUGAAUGGAUCAUUUGUGAGUGGUGUAGAGGAGACAAGUUGUGAGCUAAGGAGAUUUUCACCCUGCCUGGAAUUUCGUUUCCCGUCCAUUCCCAUCUGCAUUUGCCACUCUCCACCCAGGUGUAGUAUUUGGGUACCUGGUAGGAAUUGAUUCCUUGAACUCUUUGAGCUUCUUUAGUGCAGCUGGGCUAAAGCCAGGGUAAUGAUAGUACUUUGUAGGCGCCUUGAGCAUCCCCUGGAAUGGAUAUGUGGCUGUUAUUAUCAUCUCUUUUAGUUGUGAAAAAGCAACCUCAAAUAAAAUCAUGCUCGAAUUCCCAGAAGGGAAAUUUAAGAAAGGUUUGGGAAUCAUUGAUUUGACCUACCUGGUAGGUUGAAUACUCAGAAAAGGGCACCAAUAAGGAUAGGUCAUAAGUAUGUCAAUGCAUUCAAAGCAACUCGCUUUGAUCUUCCAUACUGUGGGACGCUGCAAGUUCAUACCA